AUGUGCCGCAUCCAGUACCUGUACACCUUCGCCGCAGCUCUCGCCUUUGCUGCCAAAAACGCUGCAGGCGCUUUCACUGUUGGCUCUCCAUUGGGUCUAGGCGCUGGCACGACGGGAGGAUCUGGCGGAGACGUCGUGUACCCCACUUCGAACGCCGAGCUUGUGGCGUACCUGAACGACACCAGGCCGUUUGUGGUUGUCCUCAACCGGACUUUCGACUUUCGCGGAACUGAAGGCACGACCACCGAGAUCGGUUGCCGACCGAUCAAAACUCGCAGGUGCAUUGCGGCGCGCAACGGCUUUCAGGGUCAAGAUGUGAUUCUCCAAGAAGGUGGCAUGAAAAACACAGGCGGGUGCACCAACGGCACGGAGGUGACGGUCACAUACGAUAACGCUGCUAUCAGACGCGCGCUCGUGCGAGACAACAAGACCAUCCGUGGCAUUGGCAAGAAUGGCGUGCUGAUCGGCAAGGGACUGUCGCUGCGCAACAACGUGAUCGUCCAGAACGUCCAUAUCACGGAACUGAAUCCGCAUUUUGUGUGGGGUGGUGACGCGAUCUUUGUACCGGGCUCUAAUGGCGGUACCACGGUGGGCAACAACGUCUGGCUCGACCACGUGAAGGUAUCUCGCGUCGGCCGCCAAAUGGUCGCGACGAACAGCGCUGGCGUGGCUGGAAUGACCAUCAGCAACUCGGACUUCGAUGGACGCACGGACUUUUCGUCUUCUUGCGACGGACACCACUACUGGACUUUCCUUUUCUACGGAAGGAAAACGGCCAUCAGCAUGGUCAACAAUUACGUGCAUGGGACUUCUGGUCGUUCAUUUAAAGCCGGGGGCGUGGAAGGUGUCAAUGUCGUUGUGCACGCCGUCAACAACUAUUGGGGCGACAACUCGGGUCACUCUUUUGAUGUCAACGCCAACGGAUACGUUCUCGCCGAAGGCAACUAUUUCGACAACACGACUCAGCCUUUGCUUCCGGGCACGAAAGGAGAUUUGUAUGCGUACAACGGCAUGGACGAUGCGGACUUGUGCACAAGCUACCUCGGUCGACCGUGCAAGGCGAAUGUUCUGGUGAACAGCGGUGGCUUUACGUCACGCAAUGGAGCCCUCGCCCUCGAGGCAAUGAAAGCGUAUCCGAACAUCAUCGACUACUCCUCGGUGUCGACUUCUACCAGCAAUGUAGAAAAGCAACAUGUGCUUCCGUUCGGUCUUCCAAACAGUACGAAAGCUUCCACGUUGUCCUCGACGAAAGACUUAGCCAAAGAGUGGGCCGAGACGACCGGCAACUUCGGCGUUGGAAAGCUGAACUAA